CCGAAAGGGACGCGGCACCCCCUCCCUGAUGUCCCCUGCGACCAGACGUGAAGUGCGGGGAAAUGCUCUCAAUAUCUAACAGGGUGCCAUAUUAUCCUGAUUAGCUUGGCCCUCGAUCUCACUACUGUGUAAGUGCCGGCUUUCCGAACAUCGGCGAUACUAGUAGUACUGGACGAGCGUGUAAGUCAGGGCCUGCGUAUGUACCGGUACUAUUUAGACGUGCUCGAGCGAGCUUCUUAGUCCCGUCAGACAUUCUUCCUCCACCACCAAAGAGUAUUAUCCCCCUUAGCAUUCAUCAUGGUUGUAUCCCUCGAGAACCCCGAGACGGUCGAGUGGCAGGGCCGGCAGGUGCCCGUCUGGCCGAUGCGGACCAUCGACUACAGCCUGUUGCUCUCGCAGGACCCGGGCGAGGUGCAGAAGGUGCUGGACGCCUGCCUCGAGGAGGGUUACUUCCAGCUGGACCUCAACAGCAUCGACGGCCGGCGCAUGCUCGAGGACCGCGAGGCGCUGCUCCAGCUGAUGCACCGCUUCUUCGCCGCCCCGCUCGAGGCGAAGAACGAGUACGGCCUGAUCGACUCGCACCUGGGCUACGAGCCGGUCGGCAACCGCACGGGCGCCUUCGGGCCAGGCACCAAGGACGGCUACGAGAUGCUCAAGGUGUCGCGCGACGAGAUCCAGCAGGGCAGCCCGCGCGUGCCGUCGCCGAUCAAGGGCAGCGCCGAGCUGCGCACGCUCGAGCACGCCAUCGCCAGCUGCAACACCAUCACCAAGGUGAUCCUGUCGGCGCUGUCGACGGGCAUGGCGCUCCAGGGCGCCGCUCGCUUCGAGAACGCGCACCGCAACGACCGGCCCUCGACCACGACGCUCUCCAUGAUGCACUACCUCCCCGCCGAGGUCACGGGCCAGCACCGCAUCGGGCACCAGAAGCACACCGACAUCAGCUCGCUGACGCUGCUCUUCAGCGACCAGUGGGGCCUGCAGAUCCGGCCGCCGGGCGAGUGCGGCGCGCGCGAGAUGGGCUUCGUGGCGCCCAAGCCGGGCUGCGCGUUCGUGCACGUGGGCGACUCGCUGCGCUUCGCGAGCGGCAUGCGCUUCCAGUCGUGCAUUCACCGCGUCGUGCCCUUCGACCCGGCCGAGCACCGCUACUCGAUCGCCUACUUCCUGCGCGCCGAGGACGACACCAUGUUCCGGGACUCGGAGGGCCGCUGGGUGACGGCCAAGGAGUGGCACGACGAGAAGUUCAAAGCCUUCACCGACCCGCCCGUGUGGCAGGCCAUGGCCCCCAAGUCCAUGAUCCUCGGCGGCAUGAAGGAGGACGGCGCCGACGACCCCGAGCCCGUCCCCGCCGCGGCUUUUGCCAACAAGGAGACGGCCGUCUCGGCGUGAGGAAAAAAAAAACUGUUCGGAUGUUGUUGUGCUUGCUUUUCUCUCUUUCUCUCUCCUUCUCCUUUGCAGUCAGUUGGUGGGUAGCGACGGGUAACACCGUUGGGACAACAUCAGAAACUUCGAAAGCGAAUGUAGCGACUAGUAGUAGUACCCUGUGUUCUGCAGCAGACAUUUCACGCUUCUCUCAUAUCCCCCCAAAGGUAGUAUGUACAUACAUACAUACACACAAAACGCAAAAAAAGGGGUCAUGCAGUCCGCAUGAAACCACGCUCGUUUCUAUCGUGCCAACAACAAGAGUACAGUGUUCCUCCCAGCAGGGUAUGAAAACGCAUCCUUAACGUGCUCCC